AGGUUUUGCAUGAUUUUCAAAAUUAUUCCCCAGAUCCCAAGGGGGGUCGUGAAUUCCCAAGACCUUGGGAAAUUUCCCAAGGUGUGGUAGCCCUGUCCGUGACCCAGACAUCGGAUGUGUAUCUGCAGCUUCUUGCAGGCUGUGUACACGGUCCCAACCACCCUUAUAAACAAGGUUAUUUCAUUCUUCCUGCAUGUGUGUAGUAGUACUCUUAUUUUUGUAGCUGACCAGUUUGAGCUGCCUGAAAAUAAAUUAACGUGACAUAUUAUUUAUAUAUAAUCAGUUUGAUAAGAUAACAGAACACGUUCGACACGAACAGUACACACUAACUAAUGUCGACUAUAUUCGUUUUUGGUGGACUACAAAUGAACAAGUGCGGCCUAUCUUAUCUCAAUCCCACUUAUGAUGAUUUAUCUUUUUUUCAGUCUUCUCGGUAUGACAUUUCGCAAAAAAAUAUUGAUGAAAGACAACAGAACCAGCUACAACACUCCCACUGUUUUUGGUUUGUCACAGGGGACAUGUAUAUCAAUAUAUAUAUCAAUAUUUCUUUGUAAUGACUCACAUAUUUUAUUCAAUAUCUAUUUGCAAUGACUCUAUAUAUUUUUGAAACGCAUGCGUCUAUUUCAAAAGAAAUUUACGCAUGUGUCUAUAGCGGGGUCGGGGUAGGUAGUAGCCAAUACCCCAACAUACAUUUGUUACGCGGUCGUUAGCCCCUGAGUUUGAAAGGAAGAAAAUAAUCAACUAUACAUUAUACGUCUACGUCGUACAUUAGGUUUUGUGCCAGCCCAUUAAAUACCAGAGGCCUCCUGCAUGCAUCAGCGGGGGUGUUAUAUAGAGCUUGUUUACAUAAUUUUUCUCGUGCGUGCCCUAUGUUUGACCCCACAUGAGACGCGUUGUUCACAGAGGGGUGUAGCUUAGUCGUUUGACCUGUCGUGUUUAUGCCGCCAACCACUAAAAAUAAUUAAUCGGUUCCAAAUAGUAUUUUGUAGAAUGAAUGUGAGUGAUCCAGAAAUAUUCAAACUUUGAUAGAACGCUUUAACACAAGAAGAAGCUGAACAAUGCCCUGUAAGCUACUACAUUCAAGAUGACAUACUUAUGAGAAAAUGGCGACCUACAGACGCAAAUGCUGACGAAGACUGGAGGAUUGUUCAUCAAAUAGUAGUUCCUACACCAUUCCGAAACGAAGUCCUGAACUUAGCCCAUGAUUCACCACUUUCAGGCCAUUUAGGAGUAAAGAAGACUUAUCACAAAAUCACGUCGCACUUCUUUUGGCCCAGAAUCAAGAAAGAUGUGGUUGACUACUGCAGAUCAUGUCAUACUUGUCAGGUGGUAGGGAAACCAAAUCAGAAGAUACCAGCAGCUCCUCUCCAACCCAUUCCAGCAUUCGAAUAAUCUUUCAGUCGCGUUAUUAUAGACUGCGUUGGACCUCUUCCAAAGACAAAAUCAGAUCACCAAUACUUGCUGACAAUCAUGUGUGCGUCAACAAGUUUCCCAGAAGCGAUUCCUCUUCGCAAGAUCAAGACUCCGAACAUCAUCAAAGCCUUGACAAAGUUUUUUACAUUGUUUGGUCUUCCGAAGUCUGUACAAUCUGAUCAAGGAACCAACUUCAAGGCUGGACUGUUCAAACAAGUGAUGAACCAAUUGGGCAUAGAACACUGCUUGUCGAGUGCAUAUGAUCCUGAGUUACAGGGAGCACUUGAGCAAUUCCAUCAGACGUUGAAGAACAUGAUGAGAACCUACUGCUUAGAACAAGAGAAAGACUGGGAUGAUGUCAUCAACAUGCUACUGUUCGCCACAAGAGAAGCAGUUCAAGAAUCACUUGCAUUCAGCCCCUUCGAACUGGUGUUUGGCCACACAGUUCGCGGUCCCCUUAAACUUUUAAAGACACGUGCAUGUCAUCGACACCCACGGAAGGACUUCUUGACUAUGUCCAAAAAUUUAAAACUAAACUUUUUAAUGCCGUUAAUUUGGCUAAAACAGAUUUAAAAGAUUCACAAUCUAAAAUGAACGUUUGGUAUGACAAAAAGUCAAAAUUCAGACAGUUUGCUUCAAGGGACAAAGUGCUUGUGCUUUUGCCGAUACCAGGGCAAGCACUACAAGCUAGAUAUUUUGGUCCUUAUGUAGUUGAGGCCAAACUUAAUGAUUUAAAUUACAUUGUGUUAACACCAGAUCGUAAAAGAAAGAAACAGUUAUGUCACAUUAACAUGUUAAAAGAAUAUUUUGAUAGAAAAUGUGAUGAUCAUUGUCCAUCCUCAGAAACAAAUGUUAACACAAUCUCAACAGUAACUUCAGUACUUAAAGAAAAUGUUACUGAAACCUUUGAUAGUGUCCCAGAAAAAGUUGGUAAUUACAAACUUAAAAAUUCAGAAAUACUGGCCAACUUGGAUAAGAAACUAGGACAUUUGUCAUUGUCAGAGAAGGAUGUUGUAAAGUCUGUUAUUGCAGAUUUUGUUUUACUCUUCCCUGAUGUGCCUAAUAAAACCAACACUGCUGUACAUGAUGUUGACAUUGGCAAUGUAGUUCCGAUCAAGCAACAUCCCCAUAGGGUCAAUCCGGAAAAAAACUUGAAAUAAUCCGGUCUGAAAUAAAAUACAUGCUUGAAAAUGAUAUAAGUGAACCAAGCUCUAGUAACUGGAGUUCACCAUGUAUUUUAGUCCCAAAGCCUGACAAAAGUUACAGGUUUUGUACUGACUUCAGGAAAGUGAAUGCAUUUACAAAGACUGAUUCCUUACCGAUUCCAAGGAUAGACGAUCUUAUAGAUCGAAUAGGUGAUGCCAAAUAUGUAACCAAGAUAGAUUUACUAUCAGGUUAUUGGCAGGUUCCUCUAUCUGACAGAGCAAAAGAAAUCUCUGCUUUUUGUACUCCAGAUGGUUUAUACCAAUAUAAAGUAAUGCCUUUUGGAAUGAAAAAUGCCCCAGCUACAUUCCAACGUCUUGUAAAUAACAUUAUUGCUGACCAGGAAAAUUGCAGCGCCUAUAUUGAUGAUGUAAUUAUUUACAGUCAAGAUUUUUCAACUCAUGUAAACCAAUUAAGAUCUCUGUUUAAAAAAUUUUUGCAGGCAAAUGUAACUGUAAAUUUAAAUAAAUGUGAAUUUUGUCAUGCAACUGUGGAAUAUUUAGGUCACAUAGUGGGUCAAGGUCAUGUAAAGCCUGUUCAAGCUAAGAUAAAUGCUAUUGUAUCACUUCCACCACCCACUACUAGAAAACAGUUAAUGAGAUUUUUGGGAAUGGCAGGUUAUUAUAGAAAAUUUUGCAAAAAUUUCUCAGUUAUUGCUUCUCCUUUAAGUAAUAUGUUAAAGAAAAAUGCAAAAUUUCAUUGGUCAGAUGCUUGUCAGGAAGCAUUCGAAAACAUUAAAAAUAUACUUGCUAAUGCUCCUGUUCUCAUUGCACCAGACUUUAACAAACAGUUUAAAUUAGCUGUAGAUGCCAGUGAUGUUGGCAUUGGUGCAGUUCUUUUUCAAGAAGAUGACCACAAUGUAGAUCAUCCUGUCUCUUAUUUCUCAAAGAAAUUUAACUCACAUCAGAAAAACUAUUCCACUGUAGAAAAAGAAUGUUUAGGUUUAAUUCUUGCUCUCCAACAAUUUGAUUUUUAUGUCAGUUGUUCUUUACAUUCAGUACUUGUUUUUACUGAUCACAAUCCUUUAACAUUUUUGAAUAAGAUGGUCUCCAAAAAUCAAAGAUUGUUAAGAUGGAGCCUAUUUUUACAAGAAUAUAAUUUGGACAUCAAACAUAUUAAAGGCAAAGAUAAUGUCAUUGCAGAUACUUUGUCCAGAAAUUAAUUUUCACUAAUGUUAUUGUUUAUAAGCUGUUAAGAAGCUUUUUGUCUAAUAUUUUGAAAGUAAGAAAUGUACUUUCUUCAAUUUUUAAUGGAAAAAGAAAUCCAUUUUUGAAAAAUGAAUUUUUUUUCUUUUAAGAGGGGAGGUGUUAUAGAGAGCUUUUUUACAUAAUUUUUCUCGUGCGUGCCCUAAUGAUUGACCCCACAUGAGACGCUGUGUUCACAGAGGGGUGUGGCUUAGUCGUUUGAUCUGUCGUGUUGAUGCCGCCAGCCACUAAAAAUAAUUAAUCUAUUCCAAAUAGUAUUUUUUAGAAUGAAUGUGAUUGCUCUAGAAAUGCUGCGUAGCUUCUCGAAGGCAGGGCUUAGGCGUUGGUAGACCCACCUAUAUAAAGGAUUGACAGGCUCGGAAAAAGGGAGGAGAUUCAGAUAGAUUUUAUUAACUUUACGAGGCGUGUUUUAUUCUUUGUGUAUUUGUGUGCUCAUAUGUGUAUAUUUCGCAUUAUUUAUUGGCACAUUAUUCUGUGUUAACUGUGCACCGUAAAAGAUCUACCAUACUGUAAGUUGAAGAUUAUAAUUACAUUUAAUUUCUUUUGUAAUUAUCUUAAGACUUAAUAAAUCUUAUUAAUUGUAACUUGAAACUGUUUUGGGUGUCGUAUCUUUAAUAUUGUUGACUCUAUGGUAUCGUCCUUUGUUAGGCACUGUUUACAACGAGCCAAUUAAAAUAGGAGAUUAAUUUCUCCCAAUACAAGUCAGUGCGUAACAGGGGGUUUCAGGGCCAACGUGACGUCUUGGAAAAAGCCUCUUGCUCAUUCAUCCUGUCAUACUAUCGACGGAAGCCGGACUCAUUAUUCGUAACCCUUUCUGUAGCUAUAUUUUAAAAAAAAAUAUACCUUUUUAUCAUUUCAUUUGGUUUCUUUUUAAAAUGUUUGGUUUGAUUUCUGCAGCGUGAAGUAAUCUCUAUACACGUCGGUCAGGCCGGGAUCCAGAUAGGAAAUGCUUGCUGGGAGCUGUACUGCUUAGAGCAUGGAAUUGAGGUACACUUUAUUUUUAACUGCUACCUUGUAAAACAGACAGACCUUACAUUUUGAGUUGUGCAGGCCUGCUAUAGACUCUGGGACAGGCCUGCUAUAGACUAUGGGAAUAAGGCGGAGGGGGCGGUCUGCCCAUGGCGGUACUUUUUUCUUUGCAUCCAGUCUUUUUUCGUGAAUUGGUGCAGCGAAAAUAUUUUCCCGUUCCGGAGGGCACUCACCCUAUGCUUCGGGCGGCACUAACCCUAGCUACGCCACUAAUAAGAAUUAUUUGUGUAUUGGGGUGUAAAUAGGAUUGCAUCUCCGCCCCCCAUAAUAGUAACUCAAUGAAAACAUUUUUUUUUUCAAAGUUUUGUAUUAAAACAAAGUUUACUCACUCUCAAGCUAAUUAAUUAUUUUGCUUCAUCUUUGGGUAUCACAAUGUACCUCACCGACCCUACCAUGAUUCCCUCAUGGGUUUUAUUUCGACCCUUUCUCAUAUCUGUUAUCACUAGGACCCUCCCACAUCUGUUUUACUUUGAGCUCCCCUAACAUCUGUGUGUAAUGCGUAACUCAUUCACAGCACAAUGGCACAACCACUGGGAACGGCCUCGACGGGAAUGGUGAGAAUUCAAUGCACACAUUUUUCACCGAAACUAGUUGUGGGAAACACGUGCCUAGAGCUCUGUUGGUGGACUUGGAACCUACUGUUGUAGGUAAGUAGUCAGAAAGGUUGUUAAACAUGUUUUUGUUAGGUAGCCAGAUAGAUUGUUAGUAAGUUUUCAGAAAGGUUGCUGGUGGGUUGCUAGAAAGUUUUUUUUAAAUUAACAACGGUCAGAUGCACACACUUCUCAAAGGCAAAUGUCAUUGCAUAAUCUGACAGUUUGGACAAAUGACACUACUGUAAAGGUUUAUAUAAUCUGUCUUUGGCACUGAUACUGAUAGUAUAGAUCCAUUCAAAGCUGACCAGGAUACUGAUACAUUAGGUUUAUACAAACCUGACACCUGACUGGAAAAAAAAAACCACAAGAACCAAGCAAGUGGAAACUCCUCUUCAUGUUAUUGAUCGAUUUCAGAUGAAGUACGGACCGGCACCUACAAACAUCUCUACCACCCUGAGCAGAUGAUCAGUGGCAAGGAAGAUGCCGCCAAUAAUUAUGCCAGGGGACACUACACUGUGGGCAAGGAGAUCAUUGAUUUAGUCAUGGACAGAGUUCGAAAAUCUGCUGACCUUUGUACUGGACUCCAGGGAUUUCUCAUAUUUCACAGGUAACGUAGUUAUUUUGUACAAGUAUUAUGGGAGUAUAGGCGUACAUAAUUUAAUAAAUGUUGAUUACCUGUUAUAGAGGGUUUUUUUCUUCAUCACAUAAGCAUCUUAGGACAACUGCAGAGUUUGAAUCCUUAAAUGGAGAGUGGCAUAACUCUUGGCCCGCCUCUGUUAGCACUAAAACUAGCUACUCUUAUAGGCAGUGUAUCUAUCAGCACUAAAACUAGCUACUCUUAUAGGCAGUGUAUCUAUCAGCACUAAAACUAGCUACUCUUCUAGGCAGUGUAUCUAUCAGCACUAAAACUAGCUACUCUUCUAGGCAGUGUAUCUAUCAGCACUAAAACUAGCUACUCUUCUAGGCAGUGUACCUAUCAGCACUAAAACUAGCUACUCCACUAGGCAGUGUACCUAUCAGCACUAAAACUAGCUACUCCACUAGGCAGUGUACCUACCUAUCAGCACUAAAACUAGCUACUCUUAUAGGCAGUGUAUCUAUCAGCACUAAAACUAGCUACUCUUAUAGGCAGUGUAUCCAUCAGCUCUAAAACUAGCUACUCCACUAGGCAGUGUAUCAGCACUAAAACUAGCUAGUCUUCUAGGUAGUGUAUCUAUCAGCACUAAAACUAGCUACUCUACUAGGCAGUGUACAUAUCAGCACUAAAACUAGCUACUCUUCUAGGCAGUGUACCUAUCAGCACUAAAACUAGCUACUCUUCUAGGCAGUGUACCUAUCAGCACCAAAAUAUAUACUGCACUGUCAUUAAUUUGGGAAGUAGGGCAUAAAUUGAGGGCACCGAUGGCUCGUAAAUAGCAUGUGUGUGUGUGUGUUUGGGGGGGGGGUGCAUUUUGGAAUAUACUUGAAUUCACUGUCUGUAUUUGACUAUUUGAUUAAAAAGUGUGGGGGCAUUUUAUUUGGCUGAGAGAAGCAAUAUGCCACUCGGUGAAAUAAAUAAACUGGAUUCACUCCGGUUAUGGCUUAAUCAGGGUAAUAAUUUAGCUUAAGCUUGUAUUUAACCACGUACUGUCACACUGACCAGCGUUGAUGAAAAGGCUGUCGAGCAAAUUCAUGUAUAUAUUUUGGCACAUACUUGAAUUCGCUAUUUCUUUCAGACAAUUUUAGGGGGAAUUUCAGAAUUUAGGAUGGGCGCAAAAAUUAGCCAAUCUAACUCCGCCUUAGCCCAAAAUGAACUUAAUUCAUUCCAAUUGUGGUUUUCUUGGUGAUAUGCUUUUUGCCCUAGACUAUUCUCCCUUCUUAAAGCUUUUAUAGUUCUCAGAAAAUUGUUGAUAACUUAAAAUUGCAAAAAUGUAUUUUAGCAUAAAGCUGAAUUUAGUUUUACAACAUUCUACACAUAAUCAAUGGACAACGACGUAGAUGCUAGUUGAACAAACUAGGUUCCUUUGACCUCAGAGCAAUCAUGUGGGACCUGCAGCUACUGCACCUGUAGAGGGCCUAGGAUAUUUUUGGGGCUUAAAGUUGUGAUGUGGAGCAUUUAGUCUAAAGGCCCGGGGAUCCGAAUAACGGCAAUUCCGACCCGGGUCCCUUUAAAUUAAAUGGCUAUUUGGAUGUCGUUUGUUGUGUUUAAUUUUAGUUAAACUGAAGAAGUAAGUUUACAACAUAUAGUCUAGUCCAUUAAAUUAUCUUUCAUUUGAUACCAAAUAUACUCUAUAGAGUCAAACAAAAUAAUGCCUUUAAAAAGAAAUGUGACGCAAAAUUAGAAAUCGUGUGAACUGAAAAAAAAAUCAACCAAAUUUCCGUUCGAUCAAAUUUCCGUCGAUCAAUUUUCCGUCGACGAAAUUUCUUUCAAACAAACUUCCGGUAACCAGGGUUUCUUUCAAGCAUCUCUCCGGGGAAAGUCAAGUGCCCCCCCCCCCCCCGGGGCAUAAUGGGGAAAAACAAUAAAAAAAUUUUUUUUUUUAAACCCAUCAACUUGUCAUUUUUAAACAAAUUUCCGUCGAUCAAUUUUCCGUCGACCAAAUUUCUUUCAAACAAACUUCCGGUAACCCGGGUUUCUUUCAAGCAUCCCCCCGGGGAAAAUCAAGUGCCCCCCCCCCCCGGGGCAUAAUGGGUAAAAACAAUAGAACAAUUUUUUUUUUUAAACCCACUAACUUGUCAUUUUUAAACAGUUUUAAAAAGAAUAGUAGCUGGUGCCUUUAUCGGAUACAAUUAGUGGAAUCUAUUAAAUAUCCGUACGCUCGAUAUGUUUCAUGAUCCGCAUAUUUAAAGCUCAUCUAGUUAAAGGCUUACGUUAUUCGAUUAUAAAUAUCGUACAGGCCGCUGCUGAUUAUAAGCCAAAGUCUCACUUCCCGUUGUUCGCACAUACCGAUUUUUUAUUAAAAAAUUUUAAGCUGUGUAAAAAGAAGCGCUGCCAGGUCUCUGGCAACACUGAGUAGUUCGAAGAAAGUGAAGCCUAGUUGUUGAAACCCCUUAUUGUUUUUAUUUGUUAUUUACAAAUGUUGAGCAGAUUGUAACAGUUGUACUUUAAUGAAUUUGUAACCGCUUUUUUGUGUGGAAUACUUGAUGAGGUCCAGUCUCAAUCAGACUCUACCUCCUGCGGUGCCCCUGAUGAUUUGAGUUUGAGACCCUUGAACUAUUGAAUACUUUGACUUUUACCAUUUCAAUUUAAAAGUAAUUUAAAUCGCUUUAAAUUGCUUUAAAUUUUUUUGAACUAGUAUGGUAGGAGAAAAUUUGGAAAAAAAAAAGGGGGGGGGGGGGCUGGGAUUAAUGCAAAAUAGACCCUUGAGUGGCCUUUACUUAAAUAAUUUAAAAUUACAACCUAGAACAUAUACCUACAAUAAAUAUUGUGGCUCUAAUAGAGCCUAUUGCCACCCAAGUAUAUUUUAUUAAGGCUAUAAAAAUAUCACCACAAUGUAUUGUUGUUUUCGUAAUCAUAAUGCUUUGUGUUUUAAUUAAUAGCUCGCAAGAUAGCACUGUAUUAAUAUUUAACAUAGUAAGUACACACUAGUCUUUUUUGUUGUGAUGACGUAAUUAUUUUGUUCCGAGACCAACCUCCCUCACCCCCAUUGGCUUGAAAAUUAUUGUUCUGAUGGGCCUCAACGUUGAGUCGCAAAAGACACCUAAAUUGGUCUAAAUUGGUCGCCAAUAUCAUAAAAGUACAAAGGUCUGCAGUAGACCUACUACAUAAUUAUAAUACGAACCCGUGAUAAAUGCACACGCUUGUUAUUUCGUCAAUAACAAUGUUUAUGGGCAUGAUAAUAAUGAAAAAAAUGGUUUGAAAAGGCUUAAGUUUCCUUUUUAAAAUUAAAAAAAAAAAAUUUUUAAAAUGGAAAUUUUACCAUUCCCAUGAUGCAUUAUUAUUAAGAUUUGCCUAUGACAACAUUGAUUAGCAUCAUAAAGAUAAAUCAAAAUGAAUAUAAACAAUGAAGGAAUUGAAUAACAAAAAUAAUUUUUAAAAAAAUUAUAUAAAUAUUACGAUUCCCUUAGUUUUUCUUCAACAAAACUGUUUACAUUUGUCUAGGCCUAAUUGAAAUUUAGUUUUUUGGAAAUAUAGAACAUGGUCAUCAUGCAGUUGUGGACAGCUUUCGCUGAGUAUUAGUCAUAUAACAUAAAAUGACAGCAAGACGUCGAGCACUAAUGAAUAUCAGAUUGUCGGUCUAGAGACAGUCUGACUUUUGGCGGAUGACCGAAAACCUCCGUCACUUUCGGCCUGAUGGCCGAAAGUCUAAGUCAAUUUCGACCGAAACCGAAAUUAAACCGAAAGUGAACUUUUCACUUUCGACCGAAACCGAAAUUAAGCCGAAAUUUAAAUUUUCAGUUUUGGCCGAAACCGAAGCCGAAAUUCGGUCGGUCUCUAACUGAGACCCACAGUGGAACUUGAAGAUGCUCAUCAAUAAGUUUGGUCCUGAAUUUUUACAUAGUGGAAAAGAGCUUUGCUCACAGAUAGGUACUCUCAGGGAAGGUGGAGGGCAAUGCUCUCAUAAAUUGUUCAUGCUUGUCUGUUUUUCCAUUCACCUCCCUGAACUUAGAAUUGCACUGAAAAUCAAUCAGGAUAAUAUGAGUUCAGUAUCCUUCGGUAUUUGAAUAUGGAUAAUAAAGUGUAUGUGUUCUAAGUUUGGUCAAGAUCAAUCCAUUCAUGUAGGAGCAUUUGUUUGUAAUUUUAUUUAUAUAGCUCAUAUAAGGGAAAAAAAACACGAAUUCUCGGUCCCCGGCCCCAAACGGAACAUUAAAAAAGUUCAUAACCCCGUAUGAGUUCCUUCCGGAUAAAGAUGGAUAUAUGUGCCAAGUAUGGUCAAGAUCCAUCAAUCCAUGUUAAAGACUUUGUGGAACAAAACCACAAACACACAUUCACUUAUAUAUAUAUAUAACAUAUACAUACAUAUAUAUAUAUAUAUAUAUAUAUAUAUAUAUACAUACAUAUAUAUACAUACAUAUAUAUAAAUAUAUAUAUAUAUACAUAUAUAUAUAUAUAUAUAUAUAUAUAUAUAUAUAUAUAUAUAUAUAUAUACACUAGCGGAUAUACCCGGCGUUGCCCGGGAUUGCAUUAAGACCCCGAUCCUGGUGGGACCCCAAUCCCAUUCUUACGCCGAUCCCGGCGCAAUCCCGUUUCCAGGUGUGAUCUUGAUCCCGGUGGGAUCCCAUUUUCUUGUAACUCCGGAUGCAGUGGGAUCAAGGUUGAUGCGUUAGAAACGAGGUGACCCCAUAUUUAGGUACAAAAACACAUUUUGAGCACGAUUCAAAGCCGAUUGAAGUGUUCGGUAACUUUCGUAAGUUCAUUCGUUUUAACCCAGUCACUCAGAACAGCUCACUUCACUUUUUCCUUGUUAUUUUGUGAUAAAGGGUUCGCAACCUUCAGCAGAACUUUGUAUGCAGUAAAUAAAGUUUAAUCUAAUUGUGAAUUUAUUGCUUAAACAGUAUUUAAAAUAAAGUAUUAAAUUUAAAAAAUCUUAAAUAGAAAAUUGUGUUUCUUCCCUCUUGUUCCUCCAAAAAUGAGUGACCACCCCAUACAAAAAUUAAAUGCUUUUACCAUAUGCAAAGUUAAAGAAAUGAAAUUGUGCUUAAAAGUUUAUUCCAAUGAGAAGGUUGCUGCAGUACGGCUUGAAUGAAAGGAUAGAAAAGGUGAAUAUGGUCUUUGACAGGUAUGUCAUCUUUGAUAUCCAAUUGAUUUCGUCCCUGACUCCCAAAAGUAAAUGGAAUCGGAGCACCCAUGGCUCACUUUAUGAGACUAGGGUAGGCUUUUUUUUUUUCAAGGCACCCCAGAAUUCGUCAAGGCUCUUCAUUUCUUUUAUCCUCAGAUCAGUGGGGUCAAGGUCUAGAUCACUAAAACAGUUAAUGACGGCAAGGAAAGGAUUAAAAAAAUCCGUCUUUCAGCUUCCACUUUAAAGUCACCCUAACAGAAGUAAACGUUAGAAGAGUUCUGAAGAAAAUCCAGGUGUCUUCAGCGAAUCCAGUGUUUGCUUAAUAUUUUCUUCAGCAAAAUAAGUAGGGCUUUGCUUGUUCAAUUCCAUCCUGCAGAAGCACUUCCUCUAACAUGGAGAAAUUUGCAUAGUUGUCUGCUCAUUUUCUACUACUAUGGCAUUUUGGGCAGAAAAGCUUGCAGUCUUUCCUCAGCAUCAGUUACGCGACCUUGAAUUCACCACAUAUUCAAUAAAAUCAGUGUCAAACUGUUCUGAUGGUGUACUUACUUUUUCUUUUAGUCAAUUGUGAAAUUUGAAGACCUAUCAAGUGUUUCAUGAUUAUCUAGCUGAAAGCCAGCCAAACUUACUUGACAGAAGACCUAAAAAGAAAUGUGAUGGUUCACAUUCCUGGCUCUGAAGUCUUGACUACCUGCUAUGCAUGCUGAUGUAAAAAGAAAACAAAUGAGUUACCGGUAAGUUGAUCCGAGGAGCUUCUUUUUUCACCAAAGCAGCAAUACCAGAUGUGUUGCCACGAUGAUGAUGAUCAGAAGUGCUUCGUCUGUGCACUGAGUAUGAAGAUUUUUCUUCCAGUCAGAAGUUUGGCUGAGCAGAGUAAUUAUUUUUAUUUUUAGCGUGUCAAAAGCCUUUGUAGUUUGCACAAGUUGCUCACAUUCUUCAGCUUGCAUAUGGAGGAUGGAACUGUGAGCUGGCUACAAUGAGAGCAAUUCGGGUACUUGCUUCAGAAUAGUAGAUGUAAUAUCAACAAGUUUGGAGUGGAUGGCAUCAACUGACAAAGGAAUUGCUUCAGAAAUUUCUCUGUAUCAAGCUAUAAACCAGCUCACCAAUUUCAGGGCACUUGGAUUUAUCAAAGUCUCGAAUAAUUAAUUGUUAAUGGCUCCGGGUUUUUUGGCUUGGCAAUGCAUUAAGUCAUUAAGGAACCGUGUAGGAUGCCCCCAGACAAGGAUUUUGUGCCUGGCCAAAUCCAAGUUUUGGUAAAGUUCUAUCUUUCUUAAAUCAAGCUUUGUUCUCUUGAAGAACUAACACUGCCUGCUGCAUUUUUCGGUAUGUACCACUUUAACAGACAAUCGCCUCUGUAACAUGAGACGCAAAUGACAUCAGGUUAAAAUGGUGAACAUAGCUCACCACAGAUGAUCUGUCAGCUCAAUAAAAAGUGGCAGGGUAUGUUUUCUUUAAUUUCGUUAUGGAAAACCAUCCGGUAAGUCAAAACUUGCUGAUGAUUCUAUGUUAGAGUACUAGAUUGUGUCCAGCAGCAUAACAUUUAACCAUAAACAUGUACUAGGUUUCUUUCUGAAACCGAAUUUGCAUGUGUAAAAUUUGGUAAAUUUUCAUAACAAAGUAAUAAAUAAAAAAGUUAUAGUGAUUAAAUGAACCCAUCCAUGAACCUCAAUCCUUUUCCCAUUUUAGGCUGCCAAAAUGUAUGCAAUAAUCUAGCUAGAUUUACCUUCCUCCCAUGUGACAUAGUCACUGGAUUCCAGUUCCUUAACCGGUUGUGUUCCCUCAGUGCAUGGCAGGUAGUCGGCAAGUCUGUUUCAUCUUCCUUCAGCUUUCCAUUAAUCUUAUACGACCUGUCUUCACUGAGGAUUGUUUCUCAUGAAUGUUUUAGAAGUUGUUUUUGGUCUUAUGCAUGCGUUGUAAGCCCCUAACAAAACAUGCAACAUCGAAUAAGUCUGACAGUAGACCUAGAACCUACACCUUGGGAGUCUCCAAUUUAUUAUCUUAAUGAUUAUUUCCUAUCAAUCAAGACAAUUUUUAUAUUUUUAGCUUUGGUGGUGGCACUGGAUCUGGAUUCACUUCUCUAAUGUUGGAAAGGUUAUCCGUAGAUUAUGGCAAGAAAUCAAAAUUGGAAUUUGCCGUCUAUCCAUCUCCACAGGUAUGGCUCAUCACUAAGAUUUAAUGGAGCUAAAAAAAAAAAAGCAAAUGGAGGAGAAAGCAGGGAUGUUAAGAAGUAAACAAUAUUGAUAAAGAAUGUUAUGGAGGGAGCAAGGCUUGAUGAACAGAAAAUUAUUUUCUGAUUUGUUUUUCUUUCCCCAGUUGUCUUCAGCUGUUGUUGAGCCUUACAAUUCCAUCUUGACCACUCACACAACGUUGGAACAUGUAGAUUGUGGUUUCAUUGUGGAUAAUGAGGCAAUAUUCAACAUUUGUAAGAAAAACUUGGACAUAGAACGGCCAUCUUUUGUGAACUUGAACAGAUUGAUUGGACAAGUUGUUUCUUCUAUAACAGCCUCUCUCAGGUAAGAUGUUAAGGGUGCCUGCCUCUCUCAGGUAAGAUGUUAGGGGUGCCUGCCUCUCUCAGGUGAGGGAAUGUUGAGAUUUAUUUUUCACCUGAGCCAAACACUUGUCAACUGCUCAACUUGCUCAAAUGUGUGUAGUUGUUUAAGAAAAUAUGAAAAAAAGGUUCCCAAGUUCAUUGUAAUAAAUCCGAAUGUAGAAGGAAUAGGUCUAUGAUAAUCAUUUCAUAAGAACAAAUGGACAAUGUUAUAAAGAUCAAGCCUAUAACGUUUAUUUUCAUCAACAGAUUUGAUGGGGCACUGAAUGUUGAUUUAACAGAAUUCCAAACAAAUUUGGUGCCGUACCCACGAAUCCAUUUCCCCAUAAUCUCAUAUGCUCCUAUUAUAUCAGCAGAAAAAGUGAGUGACCUUGAAACUUUCUUUGUAUAAAAACAUAAAUUAUAGAAUGCUAGUGCAUAUUUUUUUCCUGUUUUUUUGUACACAAUAUUUUUAUGUAAUUGGCCAUAUUGUUAAAACAAAUUUUGUAUUUCUGUGACCAGGCUUACAGUGAGAGGAUGUCCGUUGCUGACAUUACAAACUCUUGCUUUGAACCACAAAACCAGAUGGUUGUGUGUGACCCACGUCAUGGAAAAUAUAUGGCAUGUUGUAUGUUGUAUAGGUAAAUCUACAUGACAUGUUUUUUUUGUGAAUGAAAUGUUAUAAAGUGUUGUUGUUUUUUUCAAUGUUCAAGGAAUCGAUGAUUUCAUUUAAAAUUAAAUACCUAAUUUUUCUUUACUUUCAAAUGCCACCAACUGCAAUAUUAUAUUAUAAGGCUUAUCGUAGAACAUUUAAUGCAUGCAUACAUUUUAUCUUAAAGAGGUGAUGUGGUCCCCAAAGAUGUCAGUGCAGCCAUAGCACAUAUCAAAUCCAUGCGUAGUGUCCAGUUUGUGGAUUGGUGUCCCACGGGAUUUAAGGUAGCUGCCAGUUUAUGGAGCUUUUAUUGCUUGGACUAAUUUUAUAAACUCAAAUGAAAAAUUGAAUAAAUAUAUAUGAAAUGUUUUUUAACAUCUGCAAAUUUUUUAAAAAUUUUGAGUUAAAAUGAAAUUUGAAAAGAAAAUUUUGAUAUGUAUAACCAAAUGAUAUCAUUACUAUCUCAGAAUUUCAGUUAUAUUUUGUAUUGAACAUUUUUUAAGGUGUCAACUUUUAGGCCAAAUCACUAUUGGACUGAUAUGACUAUCAGUUAUUUAAAUGACAGAGCAUUCAGUUAUGGGAAUGACAUGGCAUAAAAUCGGUAUUUAUGAAUGACAUGACAUUCACUCCAUAUUGUAAUGGCAGGACAUAAAAAUCAACAUUUGAAUGACAUAGAAUAAGAAUCGAUAUUUCAUCAACAGAUUGGUAUCAACUACCAACCUCCCACAGUUGUACCUGGUGGCGACCUAGCCAAGGUGGAGCGAGCCGUUUGCAUGAUGAGCAACACAACCGCCAUAGCUGAGGCUUGGGCGAGGUUGAAUCAUAAGUUUGAUCUCAUGUAUGCCAAGAGGGCUUUCGUUCACUGGUUAGUACAUUAUCUGCCCCUGUUACUUAUGCAGUCAUCCAUUGUACAUCAAUAUACAAAAAAUAAAAUAAACAUGGUAAUGGCCUACUGGUAAACAGUUGAAUCACAAGAGUGCAAUUGUCACUCUUGAUGUAAUUAGUAAACUCCUUAUUCACGAUCACUAAUCAUCCUCUUACUCAGCUCUCCCCACUUCAUUUUAUGUAGGUAACUCCGACAUACAGUUUACAUUCUCCACUAGGAAUCUUGGUUAUAUUCUGUCUAACAACAUGUCUCUCGAUAAUCAUAUCUCUCACAUUUGUCGCUCUGCAUACACCACUAUUGGUCAGAUCAGCUCCAUUCGCCAAUACCUCACAGUUAGUGCAACAAAAACCAUAGUCUAUGCUCUUGUUCUCUCUCGUCUUGACUAUUGCAACUCUCCUCUAUCAGGUUCACCAAAACACUUCUUAGAAAAUUACAAAAGGUUCAAAACUCAGCUGCUAGGUUAAUUUUAAAGGCGAAAAACUGUGAUCACGUCACACCACUACUUCAUUCAAUUCAUUGGCUCCCUGUACCAGAACGGAUUGAUUACAAACUCUCUGUUCUCUGCCACAAAUUAUUCUCGAAUUCCCCCCCUUCCUACUUCUGUCUAUUCACCCCUUCGACAGCUUCGCUCCUCCGCAGACGAACGUAUUCUUUCUGUCCCCAAGACUCACACUAAAACAUAUGGUGAACGAUCGUGCUCUUUCUGUGCCCGCAAACAAUGGAAUUCUCUUCCAUUACACAUCCGCAAUAUACCGACAAUCACAGCCUUCAAAACUGCACUCAAAACACAUCUCUUUAAACUCUCCAAUCCUGACUGAUUCCCGCCUCUGACCGAAAAAUGAUGAUGCUGGGUGUCUUGACAUGUAAAUAGUUUUAAAUAGGCAUUUGUUUUGUUUUUUUAAAUUAAUAUAUGUUAUUUUUUAAGUUGUUGAUUAUGUUUGUUCAAUUGCAUGUACAGGGUAGUGAGCCCAGCCCUAGGCUGGGGUACCAUGCUAUAUAAAACCACUUAUAAUAAUAAUAAUAAUAAACAUAAUUGGCAAUUGAUAUUUAUGUGAAGCUUGGUGGGCGUUCUAGUUGAGACAGACUGUGUCGUUCUGGUGCCGUCAUGUGUUAUGCUAAUUUGCUUUCAGUUUGUGAAGUUGUAUCCAUUUUUUGUCCACAGGUAUGUUGGGGAGGGCAUGGAGGAGGGUGAGUUCCAUGAGGCGAGGGAGGACAUGGCUUCUCUGGAGAAGGACUAUGAAGAAGUUGGAGCUGAUUCUGUGAAGCCAGAGGAUGAUGCUGGAGAGGAAUACUAGAAGACGCUGACAGUGGGAGGAAUAUUAGGAGAUGGUGACAAUGGGGAGGAAAUCUAGGAGAUGGUUACAUUGUGAGAAAUGCUAGGAUAUAGCAACAGUGGGUGGAAUAUAAGGAGAUGGUGACACAGAGGAAUACUAGGCUCUAGCAGCAGUGUUGAUGGUAUGAAACGUUUAGCAUAAAGAAAUAUAAACAAAUGUUAUAAAUUAAUGAACUGGUAAAAGAAUGUAAUGACAUAAAUUGAUGGGAACUGAAUGUUCAACAGAGUGCAAUGUGGUAUUCAAAGACACAUUUUCAUAAUUCAAUAAAUUCGAUUCAGAUAAAUUCAGAAUAGUAUAUCAUUUAGGGUGCUGAAACGCCCAGAAAAGUAAUGCAUCCUGCAAACAUCCCCCCUCCUUUUUGAACUAGGUGAUUGUGAAUUUUGUCUCAAUAAUGUAUUUUAAUAAUAUAAAGUAAAAUGAAUGCCCAUAAACCCACUGUGUAUAAAUGGAUCAAAUUUGUUGACAAUAAUUUAAUAAUUGCUAUGCUUAUGUUUUUGUAUUGAUGCUGCAUAGAAAAGAUUUCUAAUUCUGGAAAUAAAAUUACUUUAAAUCGUUUUGUUUUAUUUCUGUAAUAUAAAGUAUGUAACAUUUUGUCUGACUGGUUUAAACAGGACUUCAGACUACAGAUAUUUUAACAGUUGGUAUCUUGGUGCUGUGGGGAUCCAGGCGUUCUUGCCACAAUUUAAAAUUUUAACUCCUAUCUCAAGCAUAACAAACUGUACCUAUUGGAAUGGGCCUCUGUUGGGGGCCCUCUUAUUAUUUAAAUGAAAAAUGGUAAUAUUUGUGGAAUUUAGUUUUAUAAUUUCUUAUAUAUGCAUAAAAUUACG